CUGAUAAUGGCAGCCGAAUAUAGAGUUGUUACGCUCGUCCGUAAGGGUCUCGACGAGAUUGUAUUUGAAAGGGGCCCACCAUUUGGGAGCGAGGGCCUGCUCGGUAUCUGUUCGGUUCUCCUGCCGGUCGAGCUCGAGGAGGUAGACAGCUUGUAUGAACCAAGCUAUUACAGUCCUUUUGUAGUUUGGAUCCUUCUUGUUGGAUUAAGAGAUGACUAUCCAUUUAUAAUCUCAUCAAGAACAACUACCCACCAACAAGCAAGAAACAGAGCUACCACCGCGCCGCCCGACCUGGGUCCAAAAUCGCAAAAUCCCGGGCCCGAAAACCUCACACUCCGCUUCAUCGACCACACGAUUGGGCUCGGGCGACAGCCCGAGGAAGAAUCCGCCGCGAGUGACGGGGACAGAGCAUCUCUGAAACACAGCUUCCGGGCGGAGAGCAAGCGAGUUGAGCCCGGCGGCGGACCUCCGGCGGAUGGAGGAGGGAAGAAGGGGGAGCGGUGA